AUGUCCAUCAUCGUCGAUCGGCUUUGGGCCUAUUGCUUAGCGAGUAAUAAGGCCACUAAGGAGUGCGAGCAGCUGAAAGAGGAAAUUGUAUUGCCGUCCAAGGUGGCUUUUGGGGCGUUACAAGCCGAGGCUGAGGCGAGAUUGAAGACCAAAGAAGAAAUCAUUCGAGAGCGUAAAAAUGGCACUUUCAAAGGAGAAUGGGACGCCGCUCUUGCUUUUGCGGGGGUUGCACUUGAUUCUCCUCAACAACAUAGGUACACACCUUCCCUCAUGGUGGUAGAGGUAGAGGAGUCUUUAGAAACCCCUCCUGCUCUUCCCCAGGUCAAUAUCCCCCAUCCCAAGGUUCCUCUUAUUCCUUCGGCUCCAUCCGCACUUGCAGCUCCUCUUGCCCCCACAAUUGAUAGCCUUUUGAUUGACAUGGAUGCGCUCCUCGAGGAUGAUAGU